AUGCUUUCGAGUGUUCAAAGUGGCGAAAGUUCGCCCAAUGCCUCCUUCCUCUUGCCCUUGCCCUCGGGAGAAGGGCGGCGUCGAGGUGUCGCUGGGCGCCCCGGUCCCUUCCGCGGGGAGAAGCGCAGGGAGGUCCCUCUCCGCAGGCGCUUCGCCGCCGGAGCUCCAGGGUCAGCCCUGGACGGGAGGAAAGGGGCGCUGCCCAGCGGUGCUUGUUCGCCCCGGCGCCUCGCUUCUUUCGCGGGGCAAGAGGAAGGAAAGCCGCGAACCUCCUCCCCGCCGCAGCCCGGCUUCGCUCCUUUCGCCGAACUUUCGCCCCUCCGCCAAUCUCGCGCAGCGCCCCCUCCCACCCCGGGCCAUGGGGGGGGGCAGGGGGGGCCAGCCGAGCCCUUGGACCCCAGCGGGCCAAGUGCUUUCGCUUCUGGCUGCCCCACGGGCGAGGGAGACGCUCGCGGUGCUUCUCGCGGGCAGCCCGCUCAAGCUUCCUCAGAAGGACUGCUCCAGAUAUGUGAAGUUGAGGAAGGGCGCGCCUGGCAAAGGUCACCAGAACGGGCUUCAAAAUCGACCCCCCCCCGCCUCCUCAAAAUGGCCACCGCCGCCCUCCGAGGGGAGCAGCGGGCCUACGAGCCCGGCCGCAGGGGCGCCUCAGCAGCGCGGAAUGGCGGGAAGCCGAGAGGCCUCUUCCCUCAGGCUUGGGAGGCGGAGUAG